AGGGCGGCGGAUUCGAACGGUCGCGAGCCGUUGGGGCCCUUCUCGGCAGCAACGGCCACAGCGGGAGGAGGAGGAAGAUGAAGCGCACGGCGCCCCGUAGCACUUUGCGGAAAAUAAUAAAGAAGCACAAGCCUCAGUUACGCCUGGCGGCUAACGCCGACCUGCUGGUGCAUUUAAACUUUUUACUGUUUCUUCAUCGACUAGCAGAAGAAGCCAGGACAAAUGCUUCUGAGAACAAAAGUAGAAUAAUCAAACCCGAGCAUGCUAUAGCUGCAGCAAAGGUGGUUUUAAAGAAAAGCAGAGGCUAAAAAAAAAUGGAACAAUGGAAUUUCAAAUCUUAGGUUUUUUGUGUGUGCUUAUUAACUUGAGAUCCUGUGAGCUGACUUUUGCAUUUGUGGAAGUAUUUAGUUUUGCAGACGUAAUCUCCUGACCCAACUCUGAGUAUCCUGCUGUUUCUUAAAAAAAAAAAAAAAAAAAAAUAUAUAUAUAUAUGCUUCAUGUAUCAUUUUAAAAUGUGUCAUUUCUGAGUACAAUGAGUAAUAAGAACUUUUUAAGUCUUUUGAUGUACCUUAUUUCUUCCCACAAAAUGGAGGAGGACCUUUACUAUACUCACUCAAGUAUAAUGUAUCAUUUUUUAAUUUACUGUUAUAUAUUUGAAACAUUUUAAGGAAAACAGUGAUAAAUAUACAGGUUUCACUUAAUCUAUGAUGGAUUAUACUGUUCAGAACAGAUUUACUAGCUAUACAAAAUGUUGACCCUUAAAAGAAGUGCUGUAGAAGCUAGUGUGUUAAAUAUCUUAGCUUUGAUUUCUUUAUAAAUGUCUUAAUAUUCUUAUAUGACUUUGAAAAGUAGGCUAAAACGUCUGUGUUCUGGGGAAUGGAUACAUACUCUGUCUAAACCAAGCUCUGAACUGUUAAGCUGGGCUACUGUUUGAUAUGAUAUGUAAGAUGACUUGGUGGUCUUAAUUCAGUUGGUGUGGACAGAUGAACGUUAUUAAAAAAAAAAAAAAAAAUCUGACACAGCUGAUGUUUUUGAAGUUAGAUCCUGUAGAAAUAAUGAAGAUAAGCUUGCAUGCAAGCUGAACUACUUCCUCUUCCCUUUUGAGUGUCAUCUUAACCUGCUGAAGCAUCAAAAUGUACCUUAAUUAACAUUUAUUUGAAAUUAUAUUCUGUUCCUAAUCUGACAUUUUUAAAUAAACCAUUGCUAAGCACUUUACAAAUCUUUUAAUAAAGGUACAGUUGAAUCCUAUUGUUUGAGCUGAUAACUUUAUUUUGUGGAAUAUGUGGUAGUUGAUGUUUCAUAUCACA